AUGCCUUAUGAAGGUUUAGUUACUUGUGCAUCAGACGACGAUGAGAAUGCGGAACAGAAACCCCAUUAUUUAUAUCUGCUCAAUGAAGACGAUAUUUUCACUAGCGUCAGAAGCUGGCAAAAUGUGGACUGCUCAAGCGAAUCGGAGUCUGAAGGUCAAACAAUAUUAAUGCUUAAUCUGAUCUACACCGAAGCGGCGAUGGACGAAAUCCGACGCAAGAAAUCAUUGCACGACAAAGAUGCGUUCGACCACAAGUUCUUGGUCCAUUCCGAAGCCCAAUAUCCGCUUAUACGGUUCAUGGUCAUUCGUUUUGACGGAUUCCUUCUGGAAGAAGGCAAAAUCGUGCGAUUUAAAAACGAAUACAUACAUGAAUUAGGAAAAUAUGAAUUCGAAUCUGCAAAAAGUCUUUGCGAUAAUUUCAACACUAUUUGCAAACAAGACACUCCGCUUCGCUCCGUGCAAAAAUGCCGUUUCAUUAAAUUCUAUCCACAAAACAAGCAAUUAAAAGCUGUUGUUGAGUUGGACUCAGACUUGGCAGAAGAAGAUCUACAGGCGGUGGAAUUUUACAGACUUAUAGAGAAGGUUUCCUCGGGCAAGAUUUUCUCCAUACAGGAUCUUCAUGUUUCAUGUAUUGUUGCUUCUAAACUGUCUAACCAUCAUGGACUGACCAUAUCUCUCAUCGUCGCUUCCCUCCUGGUUCUUGUUCCUGUCGAACCUCGUCAUCCCGGUCAACUAUCUCCGUUGAAGCUUGAGAAGAACGGGACCAUCCGAAAAAUGGGUAUUCUAAAGUCUACUGAAUUUGUCCGUGCGAUGAACGAUGAAUCAAGACAGUACAAAAUCAUCGACGUGAAUAUGCGUUCUAAUAAAGAGAACCUUGUGUGCGAUCUACCCGCUGAAAGCAAGCUGAUGAAACAUUUGCGUAAUCAGUAUCGCGAUGUGUUUCUCUUGAUGCUUGAAGUUGAGGCGUACGUGACCAAAAGCUGCAUCCCACAAAAAGUGGAAAACUUCGAUCCGCAAACUUACCUGAAAAGGGAAGAAGUGAAACAGUUAAUUAACACAAUACAAAAGAAAAUAGAAGAAAUCAACGAUGUGAAACUUCACGAUGUUCCAAAAAUAUAUUAUCCAUAUCGCAAAGGAAAGGUUGUGGUCGUGGUUGUACAGUGCUAUGUGGAAACCAAGGCGUUCACCACGAAGCAAUUAACAAACCGUAUACGGAGGAGUUUGCAAGCAGAAAACGGUUGCAACGGGCUGGCACCAAUCGGACUGAAUCUGACCGGUAGUUGA